UCAGUUCUAAAAGGAACCCUUCUUAAGAGUUCAUCUCCCCAUUUCCGCAUUACUGGAGGACGAAACAGGCCUGUUGCUCAACAUCACACACGGUUGGCAGGAACAUCUGAUUUGGAGAGAUGGUGAUGUUUCUGAAGGGCAUGGGCCCUCUUUGGCUGCUCUUCAUCCUGGGACUUUGGCUGGUUUCACCUUCUUUGACACAAGAAAAUAGCAGGGAAAGACACUUCUUGACUCAGCACUAUGACUCCAAACCAAAGGGCCGGGAUGACCACUACUGUGAAAGGAUCAUGGUACAGAGAGGUUUGACCCACCCCUGCAAGGACAUGAAUACCUUCAUCCAUGGUGAUUACCCCAGUAUCAAGGCUGUCUGUGAAGAUAAAGCUGGGAAUCCCUAUGCAGGGGGGAGGUUUAGGAUAAGCAAGUCACCAUUUCAGGUCACCAACUGUGUACAUCGAGGAGGGUCCACAAGACCUCCCUGCAAGUACAGGGCCACCUCCGACUUCAGAUAUAUUGUCAUUGCCUGUGAGCAUGGCUUACCUGUCCACCUUGACCAUACUGUCAUUGCAAAUUAAUAAGGCGUUUGGCAACCUAAGACAUGAGUGCCCCAAGUGGUAUUUAGUUGAUACCAAUCCUGUAUUAUGAUCACAUCCAUGAUGCCAGCUUUCCAACUUUUUUCUAGUUGAUAUAUAGUUGCAUUUUAAAAAAUAUGCUACUCUUUUCAUGCUUCCAGGAUCCUAGGCUUGGGAUGUUGGUAAAUUCCUUUGGCAGGAUUGCCAACCUUUGAUCUAUAUGUUUAGUAAGAUUGUUGAUUUUUGCUAGUUCUGCUUUCAUUGUAAGCAUUGGAACUCCACACUUCUUCCUUAAUGUUAUGUCCUUAUAUGUAAGAGUGUUUAUAACACUCAUUCUGAGUCUCUUAAAAGUUGAAUUGCUCAGUUUCUUCUGUUAUCAACUUUUGGGCACCUUGAAUAAUAAAAUAUCCCUGAAAUCAGUA